UUGUCAAUCGACUUCGCAGCAGUCAAUCGUUAUCAGUUUUCCAUUUCUGUUGCCUUAAAUCUUCAAAAAUUUACGAAAAUAGCAAGAAUAAACCCAAAAACAAAUAAAUUUAAGUACACGCUGUUUCGUUGUUGACGUUUAAAAAGUUCGAUACUUGAUUUAAUAAUUAUAAAGCGAGAUAACAUAUUUGUUUAAAUAUUCAUCCGUAGCACCCUUUUUUAUGUGGUUUUCUUCAAGCUGUUGACAAAUAGACUAAAUGAAAAGCAUACUUAGUGUAAAAAUGGAGGCUAGCAACGAUUCUUUAUCGGUGCUGUCUCCGCCUUUGACGGGGUCUCCUGCCGUUCUCCUGACUCCUGGGCGGACGAGGAACAUCGCACAGGACAUGGAGGCUCUAAGGCUGUCGCGUCAAGACAACCCUUACCUUCAGCAAGUGAUGGCUAGCAGAGAAAGUCUGAUUGAAAGCCAUGCAGAAGAGUGUGAAUCUGAUGAUACUAUCCUUAUGUCACAGGAAUUCGGAAGCACAGCCUUAGACUUCAUAGAAGAUGAUCCCCUGACCUUAAAGGAGGUCCAUGAACACAUGAUACGGUCGCCACCGCCAACCAGUUGCUGGCCACAUGACACACUGUCGUACCGUGCGUCCAGCGCUUUCGACUUCGCAGCUGACAGCCCUGUGUCGUACAGCGCUUACUCGGUCAAUUCCCAGGAAAAGGAGCUGCUAGGAGGUAGGUCUCCGAGACGCAACACGCGAUGCGACGAGUCUCGCAACAACAACACUUCGAGUCGUCCGCGCUCUUCCCGCUCGGCGUCCCCAAGGUCACACGACCUCACGCUGUGCGGGCGACCUCUUUCCUUACCAGGAGAAAGCCACCUCCGCAAUGCGCUGAGCAAAAAGCAGACCGGCAACCAAAGCGAGAGGUUCUCUCUCCUGCAGCACCCGCGACCGCUGCGCCGGCCGCACGGCAGCCGACGCGACGACGACAGCGUGCAACUUGUGCCAGAUUGUGAUAAGUAAUGCCACGAGAUAUUAUCUGUACUCAACGUGCAGACUAUAAGGAUAUAUCGGUGAUAGGAAACACGCCUGAAAAAUUUCAGGCUUUUCGGGCGACCUUUUCCAGUGACCUUGACCUUGAAGCCCAAGGUCGAGUUAGCAAAUCAUACAUCUCAACAAUGCAAGCGGUGAAUAUUUUUGUGAAAAAUUCGCAGAAUGUUUGCUCGUGACCUCGGCUAGGUUAUUGUAUUUUCAAGGUCAAGGUAAAUUCAGGUGUUCUUUGUAAUGUGUACGGAAUUGAAAUUGGAAUGUAAUUGGCGGCAUUUCGGCAUUGUAAGGGCAAACGCACAAUCGUUGUGCCGUUCGUUUUUCUUGAUAUUUCUUCUAAGUGAUGGGUUUUGGUAUGCCUAACCUUUUAAUUGUAAGGUUAGCAUGAAGAAAGAUGAGGCUAGUUUAUUUUUCAAAACUAACAAAGUCAUAAAUGGUAGUGGCUGAUUCAUUUAAAAAUGUGGCAUGAUUUCCUAAAUAUUAAAUGGACUUGUGAAUUGUAUAACAGAAAAGAAACUUAAUUGAACAAAAAGUAUUAAUUUGUAUUUAAGAGAAAAUUAAAUCUUUUGAAAUUACGAAAGAAAAUUUAAAAAAUAAGCACCCAGAAUAGCAAGUAUAGAAAAAAGCACAAUACAAUCAAAAAUGUUGGGAAACAUAGACCGCAAAAUUAUAGCUAGAACUUUUAUAUAACCGUUUAUUUUAGAAACUAUGUUUGUGCUAAUAUUUAACCCUAAAAAAAUAAAUGAUUUUUAAUCAAAAAUAUUUACACGAAAAAAAUUACCAAGUAUUAUUUUUAACUUUGUCGAAUGUUACCGUCUAUUAAUUUUACGAUUUAACUGUUUUAAUAAAUCGUUUAAAGACUAAAAUAUAAAUGUCACGUUAAUAAUAUAUUUCGUUCCAAAAAUCCUUAUUUUUAAUGAAUUUUAGAAACGUUACUGCGUAUAUGCGCGAUAUUUACGAGUAUUACCGAACAAAUAUUAUUGAAAUUGCCGCGUCUUACCGCGUUACUGCCGUGUGUUACCGCGCUUUACCGCGUCUUACCGCGUAACUGCCGAACAUUGCCGAGUGAUCACGAACACCACACGAAUUCCUAUUAAAUGCUCACUGUAGUUAUAAUUCGCUGUCCUAACCAAAUUAGUAAGAUUUAGACACCUAGCAACUAGUUAAUAGUAUUAUUGUUACUAAAUAAGCUUUAUUAGUUAAAUUCUAGAUUAGUGCGAAUCGCUGAACUAGAUAAAAAUCGAGGGAGAUAAUUUCGUGACGGCUAAAUAAUUAUAAAUAACUUUGAUUUUCAAAAUAAUGAUAUUUUUUUAAAAGACAAUUUUAAAGAAGUACUCUUUUUUCGUCGGAUUAUUGUUUUUAUAAUAAGUAAAUAUAUUGCAUGUGUCUUUAGUGUUAGAUAGUAAAACUUAUAGGAAUGUAGAUAUUGAGUUACCGAAUUAUUAUAUUAGUGCAAAUAUAUCCCACCAUUAUAUUAUUUUUAGUCCCAAUAGUACAGUCAGCAUCAAAUAUUUGUGUAAAAGAUAAAUAAGUUAUAAACCUACAAUAUAUGAUGGUCCACAGUUUUUUAUACACUACAAAGUUGAAUUGCAACAGACACUUGCAGGCAAAUAUUAUAUUCAUCAAUUUGUAUUGGAUUGCAUAAAUGUACCAAUUUUGAAGUUCAAUUCGUGUCUAUAAGAAAAAUAUUUUAAUUCUGAGUAAUUAUAAAAUAAUUCUAUUGCUUAUGAUGUUGAUUGUACUUAUAAUAUUAUAUAUAAUUAUAAUUGUUUUUUCUAUAAAAUCGCUACGUCACGUGGUAUUAAGGGUAAAUAUAAUUUCGAUGUUUAAUUGUUAAAUGUUUAUUAUUAUUAAUUAAUAAUUGUAUGUAAAGAGUCAAACCCCGAAAAGUAUAUUUUGUUGUGUCUCUAUGUCGUUUGAAAUCUAGUCUAAAUUGUCUAUUCAUUUAAAUUCAGAGGCUCCUUUCAUUGGUCUUUGGCCGCUGAAUAAAAUCCUUUCCUGAUUUGGGAAUUGGUUAAAAAUAAAAAUAAAUAUUAGUGUUUCCGCGGCUAUUAUAAAAUAUUAAAAUAUCUGAGAACUCGCUUUGUGGGUGUACGAAAGUACACCUUUGCCUAAACCAGAGAGGUGUGUAGGCGUUCCGGCAGUUAAAACCUUAUUCCUUUGUCAAAUAUUGUGAAAAAGUAUUUAAUUAGACGAAUUUAUCGUUAUGAUUUUAAUAAAAUUAAUUGAAAAUAUCUAUGUUAUUGCUGAAAUUUGAUUUUGGCUUCUGUCUUCUUUCUAAACUUAGUUUUGUUUGUUUUUGCUCAACAAUGAAAUCAAAUUAUCUCUAUUUAUAUUAGUUGUAUUCUAUAGUAAAUAAUUACGUUAUUCUGUCUAUUGGUCGGUGCUCACGACUUUCGAGCUUAAGUGUGUCAUAUUAUUAUAUGAAUUUUAUGAAUAUUCUAUUACUUUGUUAUUAAGAUAAUCAU